GAUAGCAACGGUUAAGUUGCGUUAGUUUGUUUAUCGGGUUUUAGAACACAUAUUGAUUGAAAUUUCCUUUCCAUCCGUUAUCGUUUCGUAACAAGCAGAUUUUUGUCGGUGCAGAAAAACGAUGAAAAAGACGCAACAUUUAAAGGGACCUCCACGUGUUCUUUCAAAGCGAGAUUCCGAGUUAGAAGCACUGAUAAAUAUGGUGGAACAAAAGCUGCAGAAGCACACACCUGCCGAUCCGAUCGACCUAGACAUGACGCACAUUAUACCGAAACGUUUGUACGAGCGGUUAAGGCGGAUGGUAAAGCUCCCGCCGUACGAUGAUCGUGAGUUUGAGGGAAUUCUUGCGAUCCGGUUAAAGGACCCACCCGGUUCGAGUGAUGGCGAACGGCGCAGUACGGAUGAUGAGGAUGAUCGGUUGUUGGAGAGUGUGGAAGCUGGUGAGGUGGGCGAGCAACCGUUCGAGCUGGUGGUGGAGGAGCGUUCGGCUGCCCGUUCACGCAUCAUACCUACCGACACGCAAAGCAACUGGAUGGAGGCAUACCUGCGGAAAACCGGAAAUGAGCGAAUCCGCUGGCAGACGAAGUAUUACCGGACGGAUCAGAAGCUGCUGGAUAAGCCACUGUUUCAACAGAUUGAGGAACUGAUCGAUCUCGGUGCUCAAGAUUUUUCCGAAUGGUUGAAUGGGUUAGGUGCGGAAAAGUCCAACAUUACGAAAGACAUUAUCAAGCAGCUGUUUUCGAUCGAAAUCGAGGACGAGAUGGCACGCGCACUGCGGGUAGAUACGCGCGAAAUCCGUGCAAUACCGACCGAUGCCGCACGGCAUUGGAACUUGGAGCAUAUGGCACUCCAGAACCGUAUUGCACAGGUUAUGCGCACCGAUCGGCGCACUAUGGCGAAGGUGCGCACACAGCACGUUGCGUUCGGGCGCACCUUACCGGCCGAAUUGCGUACCACCAGCCGUACCGAUUCGACCGACACGAUCGAACCCGACUUCCCGGACGAUCUGCGUACGCUUCGUGCGCUGUUCCAGGACAUUCGUCAUCUACGCUCGGUGCGCUAUCUGAUCGAGCAUCUGCGGACGCGGCCGGACAUACAACGGCCACGCUAUCUGCUCGAUGCCGGUCUCUUCCGGUCGGGCAUCGGUGAACGUACCACACCGUUCUAUCAGCAGGUGCUGCCACGGAAAGUCAUCCUCGACAGUGUGCGACAGAAGCAGUAAUCCCCAUCACACUUUUGCAUCGCGAUAAGACGGCAUUAUCUAGCGCAGAAGGACGAUAGAGGGAGGUGGAGGGAGGUGUCUGAACGCCUUGCGACCGCGCAGUACAGUGUUAGUAGCAAUGUGAGUGCAUUUUUGUGCGUUUUUUUGUUUUGUUUUUGGGGUUUAAAUAAAACGGAACACCCGAUAAAGGGGAUUGACUAUCGA